CUUUCAAAUGUUACAAAAUUCGAAAUCCAUAUUCUUCUCUCUGUCCCUGCUGGAGCUCCUGGCAACGUAUAGUCCAUCUCCAUUUUCAUGGAGUCGAUCCUUCAAACUCACUCAAUCUCUGUCCUCCACAUUCAAAUUCAAACACCCAACAACAACAACAAUUAUCCAAUUAAUAUCUGCAAAAUCAAGCAAUUCUGACGAUAUUCAAGAAGAGGGAAAAAUUAUGGUGAGGCAAAUCAAAUUGUCCCGUACAUUUCGAUCUAUAAAACCACAUUCUAAUCCAAACCCUAACCUUAAUUCAGAGCUUGAAAAGUUGCCGGGAACCCCAAUUGAAUCAUCAACAAAGGACUCUUGUUGGUCUGUUUAUCUUAUCGCUUCUACAAAUCACCCUUUCAAGACGUACGUCGGCGUUACCACCGAUUUCUCCCGCCGUCUGAAACAACACAACGGUGAGCUUAAAGGAGGGGCUAAAGCAUCCCGAGCUGGAAGACCUUGGAUUUGUGCUUGCCUUGUGCAAGGUUUCAGAACUCAGAGUGAAGCUUGUGAGUUUGAAUCAAAAUGGAAAAUUAUCUCAAGAAAAUCACCGCGUAAAAAGAAAUCUGAAGCCGAGGAGGGGUUAGAGGAUAAAGGCCGGCUAUUUUUGUUGCAGCACAGACACGCAGCUAUGGAGAAACUAAAGCAUUCAUUUGACUGUGAUCAUUUAGAAGUUGACUGGCGAUUAAGUCCUUCUUGAUCACUAGAUUUUUCGGAGUAUAUAUAUUGUUCUCAUUAUACUCCCUCCGUCCCGGAAUACUCGACCCGGUUUGACCGGCACAGAGUUUAAGGAACUUGAAUUGACUUAUUUAAUUUAAUAGGUAGUAGUUGAUAGUGGGGUAUUAUUUUAAUGUAGUUAGUGGGAGGUGGGUUAAGAGGUGGGGUUGGGGAGAGUAGGGGUUGAAUUUUUAAUUAUUUUUUGUAUGGAGUAGGGGGUAGGUGGGUUAAUAGGGGUGGAGUGAGAAAUAAUAUAAUAUUGUUAGAAUAUUUCCAUUUUUAGAAACAGGUCAAGUAUUAAGGGACGGCCCGAUAAGGAAAACAGGUCAAGUAUUCCGGGACGGAGGGAGUAUUACUUUAAAAAAAAAAACCUGAUUUUUGUGUGUCCCUUCUCAUUCUUUUUAACAAGUAUUUUUUAUAUUUUAUUUUCCUGUCUCCAUCUCUCUGCCAAUUUUUUGCUGGUUGAUUGGGAGACGAGGUAGCUCGAGACGAGAUUCUUCCGGGACUGAUACUGUUGGCGGAAAACUGUUAAUGUUGUACGGAGUACAGUGUAAUUCUUGAAUUUCAUUUUUCAGAUAUUGCAUAGGCUUGUAAUCCAAUGUCUUAUUAUACAACUUCAUGUUUGUUGAAUUUGCACUGUUUGGGAAUUGCUGUAGCUGUGACCAAAUGUAUAUUGUCUUUCAAUUCCAUACGUGUAUACUUUAGCAUUCACAUCUACCUUUUUAGGAUGGAUAUUGCUGCA